UUUACACGAACAUAAACUAUAUAUAUAAAGACACGAUUUGAAACAUUUCCAAUUAAAACAAAACAUAACCAACAAAGACACAUACGUAAUUGAUUAAUUUAGGUAGCUUAUCGAAGAAGCCAUGCAACGUUUUUGCCAAAAAAUAGUUCAACCACCAUGUCAAGUUUUCAUAAACCACCGUGGAAUAGACACAAAAAGAAACGUAGCGGGUUUAUUGUACAAUGAUUUAACAAAGAUGGGAGUAAGAACAUUUUUGGAUAGCAUGAACAUGAAACCUGGGGACAAACUCUUUAAACAUAUUGAUAAAGCCAUUCUUGAUUGUAAGGUUGGUGUUGCUGUCUUUUCUCCUCGUUAUUGCGACUCUUAUUUUUGUCUCCAUGAACUUGCUCUGCUCAUGGAAACAAAAAAAAGAGUCGUACCUAUUUUCUACGACGUUAAGCCGUCGCAUCUUAUGGUCAAAGACAACGGAACAUGCUCUGAGAAACAACUUCAAAGGUUCAAGUUGGCACUAGAAGAAGCCAAAAACACCGUGGGAUUAACCUUUGAUUCUUUGAAUGGGGACUGGUCGAAAUUGCUAAGGGAUGCUUCAGAUGCAGUGAUUAUUAACUUGUUGGAGGUAGAAGGAAAUUAAGCACAAAGCAAUAGAGCAUGGGGAAGAGAUGGUGAAUGCUUCAAUUAAUGUUCACUCUUGGAUACUAUAAUAAAAUAUAGUAAUUAAUUAAUUUGUUUAUUAAUUUUUUUGCGUAUGAGAGACCAUAUGCUUCCGUUGACAUGAUCACUCAGUUAUUUGGCCUGAAUUAUAUUAAUUAAUUGAUUCAAGCUUUGAUUCUUUAAUUUGUAUUAAUACUAUUUUUUAAUUUCACCUCCUAUUUGGAUCCUUCUAUG